CUCCGCAUUUUGGUAUCAGGUGUGCAACCUGCAGAGAGACACAUGGCUCUCUGUAAAGAGAAUAGUACCUUUCCUCAUCAUUACCUGGUCUGCAGAUGACUAGAUUGGUGGUGGUAAAUACUUCUUACAGUCAUGAAGGAGAGCUAUGGAUGAGAGGGCUAAUGAGUUGGACCAUGCACAGUGUAAAACUUUAUUAUAUGGAUUUUACCCCAGCCUAUAUAUUUGUUCUUGACUUUUCACUGAUCCAAGCCAGAACACCUAUAAACAGUCAGGCUUUUAGAACAGUAUGGCUCCAGAGUCCAGCCUCCUGCUAAAAGAUGAACGUAUCAGCAGGAUUCAUAAACAGACAUUCAGGAUGAUUUUCAGUGGAAUGUGUUGGAGACAGAUUUAUUAUUUCCCAGCAGUAAUUGUUGUAGAGACGAAAGCCUUAUUCGUCUUGAAACUCUAAAGCAACAUGCUCUCAUGUCUGAAAACAAACACACCGACAACACCUGAAGAAAGCAGCAGAUGCAGCCAGAGUAAAACACCGCAGUGGUCUGCGCGUGCAUGUGUUUUGGUGCCCGCGUGUGUUGUGCUUCAGGAGGAGGAGUCCGGCUCCUCCGCUUGAUAACAGGCUGCUCCUCGACUCUUAUCUCCCGUUCCCCGCCGUCCGAGCAGCGGAUAACCUCCGGACCUGCUCCAGGAUUUAUUUAAUUCUUAUGAACCUUCACUAAACGCUGCAGCGCUCCUCCCAUGGUUUCCCCGGGAGACUCCCCGGCCUCUACUCGACUUUACGGAAACUUUCGGCGACCGUUUUGGGGUCUUGAAAAUCAUGGAAACGUGGUUUUUGAAUCACGUCCUCGGCGUGUCUCUGUCGGUCCUGCUGCUGGGUUUACCGGGGCCCCUCGGGGCAGGGACCCCCAGUAAUAACGUCACGGACCCGGUAACGGCGGGAUUUUACUCUUCACCGGCCACAGAGGAACUCAGCAGCAUUGAAAACAAUGCAACUUCAACUUCUUCCUCCAGCGAGAGUUUAUCCUCAUCACAGAGGAACAUCCUGCUCACACACUCCGCGGAGACACACACCGCUGCUGCUGGAAGCUUCGACACUGAGCAGAUACAGACCUUCACUGAAACAAGCAGCAUGUCAUUAGAGGCCCUGAAUGUGUCUACUGGGCCACUUUCCUCCACCCUUGUUGUCGCCUCCACUGAGGGCAGCAGCAGCAGCAGCAGCAGCGGCAGCAGCACCGGCAACAUCAGCAGCAGUAGCGGCGGCAGCACCAGCGGCAGCGGCACCGGCGGCAGCAGCACCGGCAGCGGCAGCACCAGCGGCAGCGGCACUAGUGGCAGCAGCACCGGCGGCAGCAGCAGCACCAGCGUGACGGUGACCCUCACCUGGCUGCGUAACCGUGGAUGGGACACUGGCUGUCCGUUUGCUACCAUACGACGCAUGUGUCCACACAGGUAG